UAAAGUAAUUGUUUUAAAAUCGAUUGGCCCGUCUCUCAUUUACAUGAAACCCUUAAUGCAGGUGUACUGUAAUUUGGUCCCAUAUAAAGGCCCUUUUACAUGCCUGGUGUAAGUGAGAAUCAGGUCCUUUGAUAACGUAACUUGAUUAGAGGAUUUCGAUUGCCGCGAUGCUGGGGAAGAUGGUGGCAGCUGUUCAAACCUUUGCGUGCCUCGUGGUGCUCAGCAGCUUACAAGCUUACGAGGCCACAGUGGUGCCGCGCAGUCAGGUGAAUGGGAUUGUCCGUGGCACGGUGUAUCUAAACCCCAUACUGUCAGUCCCAGAGAAUUACCAGCAGAUCAUCUGGCGGUUCAACAAGUCCCAAAAGAUCCUGACUAAAAAAUGGAAUCAGCCAGAGUCUUACCCCAGUGGCUCUUUUCAUACUAAACUGCGUUACUACGAAAAUCACACCCUGGAAAUUAACCACCUGCAGAAGCAAGACAGCGGCACCUUCCGGAUGGAAGUGGAAGACAACCUAAGCAAGAAGACAAAUGAAUUAUUCCGACUGGACGUGUACGAGCCCGUCCCUAAACCCAGGGUGAACUUCACUAUCAGGGCCAAUGAAGAUGGAUGGUGCAAUGUCACCCUGGCGUGCAUUGUGGAUGCCACCCAAGUGACCUACCACUGGCGCAAGAAUGAAAAGGAUUUAGUGGGCAAAAAUAGCAGCACACUGGACGUUGCGUUAAAGUCAGAAAGUGACGCAUCUUACAAAUGCAUCGUCAGCAACCCCGCCAGCGAAGAGACGGGCUUCAUCUAUUACAGAAGCCCUUGCACGUGGAAUGAGAAAAACUCAGCCGUGCCCUUGUCCCUGGCUCGGAAGACGGCCGAUUCCAUCCUGGCAUUUGGAUUUCUCCUCCUCGUCCAUAACUGGAUCUAAGGCUGGGGAGCCAGGGGAACGCAAUGAACCCCUUGAUUGCCUCCGCCUGGUGAAACACACAAGACCAAAAUGAGCUCCUGAAAUAGCCGCGUUUGACAGCCAUCCACCAUCUUGCCAACACACUGGGGAUUGAACUAGGGACUUAGAGAACUGAGGGGCAAGUGCUGGGAGAUAGGGGGGAAAAGCGGGCACGCGGUGUGCUCAGGGGUGGAGGCAGAGUGGAGGAGGCAGUGUCAGGUUUACAAUGGCUCCAGUGGAUCCAUGGAGCUGGGCCAGUGCUGAGCAGGGGCCCUGGCCUGCUCCGCUUGCACUGCGCCCCGAGACCCCACUGGCUCCCCCCGCCCACCACUUGCUUCUCUUGGCCUGCCCACUGAGGGCUCCUCUCUGCCCCUUGGCCAGACCCCAGUGCACCUCCGACUCUGGGCAGUCUCUGCUUCCCACUACCUGUGGAGCCCCACCUGUCUCCCCGGAGCUGAGCACCUGGGACUGGUGCAGAAGCCUGGCCGGUCUCAGCCAGGUGGG